GAGAGCGAGAGAGAGAAAUCGAACCAAUGAGAAGACAGACUUAAGACUUAAUAAGCCGCCGUCGAUUACCCAAAAGUGUUCAGUAUUAAUUUGAAAACGAGCGCGGCAGGAACAGAAUGAAAAACUCCAGCACAGAUUUAAACGCUUAUUAUGCCAAUGUCAGCAAAUAUUGGUGCAAUGACUAUGACUACAACAUGGUCAGCUACGAGGAUUGCAAUGUGGAUGCCAAUUACAACUAUGAUUGCAACUCUUUGUCAAUCACUUCAAGCUUGCCAGAGGCAGAGCCUGCUGCUGGCAGCAGCAGCACCAGCAGCAGCAGCAGCAAAUCCUCGUCAUCCUCUUCCCAUCGCAAGGAAAGAACAGCGUUUACAAAAGCCCAACUGCAGCAAUUGGAAUCGGAAUUUAGCUACUCCAAUUAUUUGACCCGUUUGCGUCGCUAUGAAAUCGCUGUCGCCUUGGAGCUGAGUGAGCGUCAAGUUAAAGUCUGGUUCCAAAAUCGACGCAUGAAAUGCAAACGCAUCAAACUCGAGCUCAACUCGAAGGCUGCUCAAAAUUUCAAUUAAGUUUUUUCUUU